AUACUCUGCUUUCAUGUGUGUGAGUGGGGGAAGGGGUAAAUUCUGAAACGAGGAGAAAAAAUUUUCCUUGAUUCAAUUUUGGGUCAAAACUCGUGGUAUUCAUUUCGUUGAAAGACGUCAAAGUCUCAUGUUUAACGCGCGUGAGAGAGUGUUGUUCUAGAGAAACAAUUAUUCUUCUGGUUUCUUUUUUUACAAAUGUUAAUAUUAAUAAUGUUUUAGUAAAAAUAAAAAAGUAGCAAAAACAAGAAAUUUUUUCUCUAUUAAUAAUGUUUUGAUUGUUUUUUUUUUGUACUGGUGACUAGUGUAAAAAAUUCUACUAUAGUAGAAAAAAAUGUGCCAAAACUAGUAGAAAAUAGUUGCGAUACGUAAAAAUUUUAUUUUUUACCGGAAAAGUAAAGACAAUCUUUUUUUCCGUGUUUUCAAAAUUGAAAAGUACGAUUGUGUCUGUUUUUCUACAAAAAUGAUGCAGGAGCAUAAAUCGUUCUUAAUUCGCGAUCUUCUUGGCGAUGUUUUGGCCGAACGUGUUCAAGAUGACUCGGAGGACGAUUCAGCGUUACAUUCGGACUCGGAGGAUACAAUUGAUCCCGGAAGUAGUCCCUGCACGCGUUUAGAGAGUCCAACGCCUAUUUUGUCAUCAUCGCCAGUGUCAGCGAAUUCGGGAAAAAAUUGCAUUGCACCUGGAGGCGGCGGUGGUGGUUCGAGUGGUCGAAAACCAAGAAGAAGACGAACUGCCUUUACACACGCCCAAUUGGCCUAUCUGGAGAGGAAAUUUCGUUGCCAAAAAUAUUUGAGCGUCGCCGAUCGCAGUGACGUUGCCGAUGCACUUUCCUUAUCCGAAACUCAAGUGAAAACCUGGUAUCAAAAUCGAAGGACAAAAUGGAAGAGACAGAAUCAGCUACGUCUGGAGCAGCUUCGUCAUCAGGCGACGGUGGAAAAGGAACUUUUAGUUCGCGGUGUUGGUCUUCAUCAUGGCAGUAUAGACGCGUACUGCCCACCAUAUUCUCAAGCUUCGUCGCAUCCACCACCCCCGCCGCCGCCCCCGGCACCAACAACCGCCUCCACUGCCGCAUUCCUAUCAACGGCUGCUGCCCUUUUCAGAAAUGUUACGUACGUUCACGGUUGUCCACUAUAACCCGCCUAUAGUUCAUUAUUCGACGGCAAUCAUUCAUUCUGAACUUUUGUUUUUCGAUGAGAAAUUUUCAUAUCUUCUUUUCACUGAAAAAAAAAAAAGAUUUAUUCGAUUCAAAUAACCGAUUCUAUUAACAAAUUAAUAUUUACUUGAUUCAAAUCAUUUUUAUUUCAAACAAAUA